AUGUCUGGUGUGCCGGAUCGUUCCCAUCUUUCACUGCCAUUAAAAAGUAUUACCACGAGAGAUAAUAGUGGUGUAUCGGAAGUUGCGAACACAGAUUCAAGACCGAUGCAGCAAAAGCUUAUGAAGAGUUUUAGCACGCCAGCAGAUUACUUCAUUCCUGCACCCGAGGACUUACACUUUUCGUCGUCGUCUUCCAACUCGUUAAAGGGAUCUGGAAGUUAUCCACCUUUAAGUCGUGCACAAAGCAUUCGAGACACAAUUUCAAACGGGACAGCAAAGUUUUUCGGUGUUCCACCAUCAGAAAGCUGCCAGUCUUCAGUCUGUGUACCUGUCGAUCAGAAGUGGAGUUGCCGCCGACUGCGAUUCAUUAGUAGACAUUAUGGAAAUCCGAAAGAAGACAUAUUUACACGAGAAUUAAGGCUACAAAUUCUGGAUGAUCUGACCGAUGUUCCAUUACCAUCAAAGAGUGUUACACCACAGAGCGAAAUACAUGAAGAUGUAUUUUUAACAUCUGAAAUUGGAGCCGUUAGAACAUUUUAUAGAAGUAAAUCGGUAGGAAGCCGUGGAAGCAGACUUAUUCAGCAACAUCUGGAACGACGCGACAGUGUUAUAAGAAUGAUUUAUGACGGAAUUUCUUCCAUAGUACAAAGGGGGACGUUGAGACCUAAAAAAGACUAUGCUACAGUCAAACGUGGACGAUCAAUAUCGAGCAGUUUUGCACCAUUUUCAGUACAACAGGCUGGAAACAUUACUCACAUAAAAAUUGGGCCACGAGCUAUAGAUGCCCCUGUCGCAGACAGCAUGCCUGCGGUCGUGGAAUUUGCCAUUGAAAGUCAUCAUUUGGUGAAUACCACGGACGUAUCUCAAAAAGAAAACAAAAAAAAAAUUGGAGUUUCUUCAAUGGAAAAGAAUCACCCAGUAAUUAAUUUCCCAUCAGAGGUAGAAACUGCUGUUCAUGUUGUUGCACUUCCGAGGGAAAUUAUUGGUCAGAAAAAACCUCUGUUGCGUUCAGAAUUGGCAAAAUAUGAUAUACCUGUAGUUUCUGUUGUGAAACCACAAGUUCAAGCACAAACUGUUACUGACCGUGAAACGAUAGGUGAAAAGGGUUCUGCACCGUUUUCAAGUACAGAGUCUAUACAAGACGAAGUUUUCUUCGAUUAUACUUUACCAACAGUUUCGUCUAAUAUUUCCGACACCGACCAAGAAGAGCAAGCGAAUUCUUUGAGUAUGCAUCGCUAUCAAGAAUUCAGUGUCGGGAGAUUUCCAUCUGUGGCGAGAUAUAAAAAGUUUUGCUCUGAAGACGAUCCAGUAGAAUCCGACAUGGGAAAUCCAUGUGAAAAUAGAUCUCCAGAGAGGAAAAUGCAGCCACAUUAUUUGGAUGAGGAAUGGCUGCAAAACAUUCAAGCCGCUGGUGAGAAAAUGACCAAAAGAACUAUAGAAACUUGCAGAAGCGUGCGAAAGAAAUUAUUGUUAGAUACAAUCCAUAGUGAGCUGAAAUCAAGAAAAUAUUCUGUUGCACAUCGUCGGCGUUUUGGAAGUGGUUUUGGAAUAUGGCGGAAAUAUUUUCAGCGAGCUUAUAAGAAGGAUGUUUAUCAACUGAAUGACGACACUUACAUUGAUUGUAGGCCUUUCUUCACUUACUGGAUUACCACAGUUCAAAUACUUGUUACCAUAAUCAGUUUGUACACUUAUGGAAUUGGUCCUUGGGGAUUCGGUCUUAUGGAGAGGACAGCUGAUGUUUUGCACACUACUGUUACUUUAAAGAGGGUCAGUAUUUAUGCGCAGCAAAAUAUUUGGCUUGGACCAAAAUUUGCUGAUUUGGUACAUCUGGGUGCUAAAUUUACACCUUGUAUGCGCAUGGAUCCAAGAAUUUUCGAACAAAUUAAAGCCGAUCGCAAGGAAGAAAAUGAAACCGGGUGCUGUAUUUAUAAUGAUGGUACUGGUUGCUUUCAAACUGGGCGGAAUACUUGUCCAUCUCUGAUAGCCACACUAGCAAAGUGGAAAAGCGAUAAGCCAGGUCCAGAUGGUCGCAUAUCGGGCGCUGUUUGUGGGCAAGAUCCGAGAUAUUGCGACGAUCCAGUGUCCGUGAAGCCGUACGAAUGGCCGGAUGAUAUAACGCAGUGGCCUACAUGCAAACAGAUGGCUUUCCUCGUACCCGAGAAUGUGGUGCACAUGCAGUGUGAAAUUACUGGUCGACCUUGUUGCAUACAGUUGCACGGACAGUGUCGUAUAACUACCAGAGAUUAUUGUGAUUUUGUGGAAGGAUAUUUUCAUGAAAAUGCAACACUGUGUUCACAGGUGUCAUGUUUGAGCGAACUUUGUGGAAUGCUCCCAUUUUUGCGAAAAGAUCAACCAGAUCAAUGGUAUCGCCUUUUUAUACCACUUUUUCUGCAUGCGGGAAUAAUCCAUUGCAUUUUAACAAUUUUUAUUCAAAUUCUAUAUAUGAGAGAUUUGGAGAAACUGCUUGGUUGGGCGCGCAUAGCACUUCUUUACAUGGUAUCCGGCGUUGGUGGAUACUUGGCUGGUGCAAUUUUUGUUCCUUAUAGACCAGAAGUUGGUCCAGCAGGAUCACAUGUUGGAAUGUUUGCUGCGAUGUAUGUUGAUGUGCUCUAUAGUUGGAAUCUUCUAGAAAGACCUUGGCAUGCAGUUGUGCAACUGAGCUUAUUUACUCUAGCGCUUUUUACUAUAGGAACAUUACCGUGGGUUGAUAAUUGGGCACAUUUAUUCGGCUUCAUCUUCGGAAUUUUGAUAUCUUUAGCUGUACUUCCAUAUAUUCAGACAAAGCGUCAUAAUCGCACCCGACGAAUAAUAAUUGUGGUAACAUCACUUACUACCGCACUUAGUUUAUUUAUCGUUCUGUUGACUGUGUUUUAUUGGCCAUCCGGUUUCAAUUGCGUGUAUUGCGAGUACUUCAACUGCAUACCCUAUACUGAUCAUUUCUGUGAUAACCAAGGAUUACGAUUGAAGAACUGGUUACCUAUAUGA